AUGAAGCGGGUUCAACAGGACACUGGACAAAGAGUACUAUUCACAGGACCAGACGGCAUUGGAGAUUUUCGUCCCAGGUUGGACUAUUACCCCCGCAGCAUUGGAACUGGCCCUUUACCUCCAGAUGCCACGAGUGAUCUUGAGUACCUUUUCCGGGCUGCGCCACAGUCGAGACCGCCGGUACCUAAGAACUGCUACACAGGGGAAGUGGGCUGGGGUCUUCAGUACUCCAGAGAGCUGAACAGGCGGACCGUUAUCAGUACCAGACAAAAUGAGCAUGGAAAAUUUCAUUCGGAUGGUGUGACUCACAGCCAGUGGCAUACUACACCCGGGUUUUGGGACAAGCAACUGUCCUGCAAAAGCCUUUCAAGGAACCACAACACACAUGAUACAUACAGCGAAGUCAAUGAUAAACAGUUCUCAGACUCAGAUAUAAAUAAACAAGAGAGACCGUCAGUUCAUAAUGAGGAAACUUAA